ACUGGCUUUAUGUUUAACUGCCGUAAAGAUCUGACGGCAAAUGAAAUUUACUCGUUAUGGGGUUGCGGUAUACAAAUAUUCAACGUAGAUCUAACAGUACACGAUGAAAUGUACUUACUAAACGUUAAAAAUGCCAUAAAAGAGUUGCAAGAGAUGCAGAAAAUGAUACACUACAGGCCUAUAGCUCUGUCCAUUACCAUAUCCUUGAACGAUCCUGCUGAAUGUGAUGAAAAUGUUGAUAUUAUAAUUCUAAAGGAUGCAAUGAAACGUCAAGACGUUAUUGAAUUUAAGAAACGGCAGGCAAAAAUUGUUCCCAACACACCUAUUCUUCUUUGGAUUGCGGAGUUGUACAUUGAAGAUAUGGAUCGCUUAAUUUCUGUUGUUGAUGGAGUUAUAGUGGAUUCUGUGAAUGAAGAUGAAAUAGAGAGAAGAAACCUUGAUUUCUGUCCAAGCGCUUUAAAGAUCUGCAAAGAGACACACAAACCAAUAUUUUUCUACAACGCUAACAUUGUAGAGGAAUAUGCUGGAAAUCAACGAAGAGACAUAUUACCAUUUGCUCAGAAGGUUUACAAUAAUCGACUGGACGGUGUCGUUUUGGAAGAUCCCAAAGGGAAGUCUUCGGAAGUUAUUCAGUCCUUAUUUACUGCCAUAUGUUAUUUGGAAAAUAUUUCAGGACCUGCAAAAGAUUGCAUUGAGUUUUCAAAGCAGCUAAAGAUACCAAUACUGCCAAACCUCUCGGUAUCAGUAUCAGCUUGUAUAGCAGCAUCAAAGUCCAAAGCAAGUGCUAUCAUUCUUCUCACGGCCUCCGGGAGAUCAGCAAGAUGGGUGGCCUGUGCAUGUCCCCCGUGUCCAGUAUUGGCUAUCACAACCCGCGCUUCCUCGGCCCGAUUGAUCCAUAUAUAUCGGAAAGUUAUACCGGUGUUGUAUACGGAUGUCGGAGUAUUCUAAUAACAUACACACAAAAAAUAUGAGAUGAAUUGAGAACCUC